CCAUUUUCCCGUCCCGGAAACAGUCUUUUUGUGAAGAGAGAAACGAGGAGAACACAAAUAAAUAAAAUAAAAUUCUUUUUUUUUUCUCCCCGGGCUUUGAUCGGUAGAUUCGUCCACUUUUUCACUUCUCUCAGGUUCUCUGAAGAAUCCGGUGAUUAGCAAUGGCGAAGAACGUGGGGAUUCUUGCUGUUGACAUCUACUUUCCUCCCACCUGCGUCCAGCAGGAAGCUCUUGAAGCUUUUGAUGGAGCCAGCAAAGGGAAAUACACGAUUGGGCUUGGACAAGAUUGUAUGGCAUUCUGCACGGAGCUUGAAGAUGUAAUCUCAAUGAGCUUGACCGUUGUAACUUCCCUCCUUGAGAAGUAUAAGAUUGACCCGACGAAAAUCGGACGUCUUGAAGUAGGCAGCGAAACCGUGAUAGACAAGAGCAAGUCCAUCAAGACUUUCUUGAUGCAAAUCUUCGAGAAACAUGGAAAUACCGACAUUGAAGGAGUUGAUUCUACAAACGCCUGCUAUGGUGGAACAGCAGCUUUGUUGAACUGUGUCAACUGGGUCGAGAGCAACUCAUGGGAUGGACGAUACGGUUUAGUUGUUUGUACAGACAGUGCGGUAUAUGCAGAAGGACCGGCAAGACCCACGGGAGGAGCAGCCGCUGUUGCUAUGUUGAUAGGACCCGAGGCUCCUAUCGUCUUCGAGAGCAAAUUUAGAGGCAGCCAUAUGGCUCAUGCUUACGACUUUUACAAGCCCGAUCUUGCCAGCGAAUACCCGGUUGUUGAUGGAAAGCUUUCUCAAACUUGCUACUUAAUGGCUCUUGACUCAUGCUACAAAACUCUGUGCAACAAGUACGAAAAACUCGAAGGCAAGCAAUUCUCUCUUGAUGAAGCUGACUUCUUUGUUUUCCAUUCCCCAUACAACAAGCUUGUCCAGAAAAGCUUCGCCCGUUUGCUAUACAACGAAUUCAUGAGGAACACGAGUUCUGUUGACGAAGCUGCUAAAGAAAUGUUCAAGCAGUUUGCAUCAUUGUCCAUUGAUGAAAGCUACCAGAGCCGGGAUCUUGAAAAGGUUUCGCAACAGCUGGCGAAGCCGCUGUAUGAUUCCAAAGUAAAGCCAACGACUUUGAUAUCGAAGCAAGGUGGAAACAUGUACACGGCAUCUCUCUACGCAGCUUUCGUCUCCCUCAUCCAUGGCAAACACAGUGAACUGCCUGGGAAACGUGUGGUCAUGUUCUCGUACGGAAGUGGCCUUACCGCAACUAUGUUCUCGCUUAAGCUCCGUGAGAACGCUGCUCCGUUCGGCUUAUCCGACAUUGCAACUGCCAUGGACGUUGCUGGGAAGUUGAAGAACAGACACGAGUUUUCGCCGGAGAAAUUCGUGGAGACGAUGAAGCUGAUGGAGCAUCGAUAUGGCGCAAAGGAUUUCGUGACGAACAAGGAACAGAUCGGAUUGUUGUCGCCGGGAACUUACUAUCUUGUCGAGGUUGACUCCAAGUACCGGAGAUUCUACUCUGCGAUCUCGCCGGAGAAUGGAUCGGUCGAGAACGGGCACUGAACGACCGAGUCAUGACUCGUACGGACAUUGGAUUUUUUUUUGGUUGUUCGCAGUUGACAGAUCCGUUCUCUCUCUCUCCAAAAAAAAAAGUCGUUUUCUUCUUUUUCUAAGCUUUUGGUUGAAAUAAUUGUUCGCUUGUAUUUUUAUUUUAUCAUGAAUAAAAAAUAGCAUUAUAAAUGCCA